UGUGCACGCGUGGAGACUUCACGAGUGCAGAAGACUAGGCAGGCGGGGAGGAGGAGGAAGGGGGCGGAGAUUGAGCCACAGGAGAGAGGCGGAGGGAGAGCCCAGAUGAGGCAAGGUGGGAGGUGUGAAUGGUGGACGCGGUCGGGGGAGUGCGGGAUGCCGAAGAGGAAAGGUGGCAAGGCGGGGUAGUGGUGGCCCCAGGACGAGGCGGGGACGAUUGGGCAACGGCUCCUUUCAACCCUGCCUCGUUGGUGGCCACUGGAGAAGCGUGGGGGGCUCCCCAGGCAGCCGUGGGGACAAGUUAGAGCCAGCACUUUACCCUGGGCCUCGCGUGUAGCUUCCUGCCCCCUGUUUUAGGUGCCCCAGUGUCUGGAGGGGGGUCUGGGGGUGUUCCCUCCUUACAUGUUCCACCACCCAGGCAACCCUCUGGGGUCCUGUUCCACAUCGCUCUUGCUUCCUCAACAGUGGUCAAGAGGAACCACUUCAUAUCAUGUCCCGGUACAGCUACCAAAGUCUUCUGGACUGGCUCUAUGGGGGUGUGGACCCCAGUUUUGCAGGCAAUGGGGGCCCGGACUGUGCUGCCUUCCUGUCUUGGCAGCAGCGGCUGCUGGAAAGUGUGGUGGUCCUGACCCUGGCCCUGUUGGAGAUCCUGGUGGCCCUGCGGUUCAUCCUGAGGCAGACGGAGGAUGGUAGGGGUGGCCGUGGCAGCCAGCCACAGCAGGUGACCCAGCGGCCAGAGGAAGGCAAGGAGAGCCUGAGCAAGAAUCUGCUCUUAGUAGCCCUGUGCCUGACCUUCGGGGUGGAGGUGGGCUUUAAGUUCGCCACCAGGACCGUCAUCUACCUGCUCAACCCCUGUCACCUGGUCACGAUGAUGCAUAUCUUCCUCUUGGCCUGUCCUCCAUGUCCAGGAGCUAUUGUGGUCUUCAAGUUACAAAUGCAUAUGUUGAAUGGAGCUCUUCUAGCACUGCUGUUUCCUGUGGUAAAUACUCGGCUGCUCCCCUUUGAAUUGGAGAUCUACUACAUUCAGCAUGUCAUGCUCUACGUGGUUCCCAUCUACCUGCUUUGGAAAGGAGGUGUUUACACUCCAGAACCCCUCAGCAAUUUCAGGUGGGCUCUUCUCUCAACUGGCCUCAUGUUCCUUUAUCACUUCAGCAUCCUGCAGAUCCUCGGCCUGGUCACCGAAGUGAAUUUGAACAACAUGCUGUGUCCGGCCAUCUCAGACCCAUUCUACGGCCCCUGGUAUCGCAUCUGGGCCUCGGGACACCAGACUCUCAUGACCAUGACCCACGGGAAGCUGGUCAUCCUGUUCUCAUACAUGGCUGGGCCCUUGUGUAAAUAUCUGCUGGAUUUGCUCCGGCUUCCAGCCAAGAAAAUAGACUGAAGGUGCUUUUUUUUUUUCUCCCUCCCCGAGGAAGCAGGUCCUGACUUGACUUGGAGAACACCCAGUUCUUGAUGAAAUCAAGGGAGAGGACAGUAGAUGUUUGGUGUAUUUCUUUUCCCCCUCUCUGUCUUUUUCUUCCACCAUUCUUCCUUCCUCAGCUUCUCCCCUCAGGAUAUCUUAUUGUGCCUGGGGUGUGGUGCUGGGGGCAAGAUCUUUCUUCCUUUCCUCCCUUGACUCUGUCUCCCCUACUCCUAGUGGCCUUAUCUGGGGAGAUGGUAGUCAGUGGCCCUCUUGCUCUGCUUGUUGGUGCUUUAACAAUAGCUGGUUGAGGAGACAGGGAACAACAAGCAGUAGUUCUGCCUGUGUCACAGCAAUGAAAUUGGGUUGUGUUUCAUUUCUCCACUGCCAGGGACCUCCAUGCUCAUGCUGGGAUCCCCUAUCGUCUCCAGCACAGCCCCCACUGUAAGGGGACUUGAAGCCUUGUUCUCUACCAGCAGCAAGACCAGGGGAUUUCCCUCUCAAGGCCGAAAUAGAACCGGCCACAUUCUUCCCACUAGUGUCCUGACCUAAAUUAGGGAGCCACCCAGCCACUCCUUCCAGGAUGCUGCCUGGGGUGGGAGGUGAGAGCACCACUCCAGUCUAAGGGCAAGAUUCCAUUGAGCAGGGUUGGAGAACUGUUGUAGUGGUGAAUCUAAAGGGAAGAGGGUGAAAAUGUACAUAGUAUCAAGCAGUACCUGUGCAAACUGCCAAGGGUUCUCGGAUGUAAUCUACAUCUCUAUUAGUAGUGUGCAUAUAAAGUAAGAACUAAUCAAUGAAAGUGGUAACUUGAGAAACCUGUCAUUGGAACCAUGCUCCGUGUUCAUGUUGAUAAUAGAUCCCAUUCUAAACUGCAGUGCUCCUUUAGCAUGUUCUCCUUUGCCUUGCUGUGUCUAUGCCUAAGGCAGCUUCAAAGAAGAAUGACCGUCACAGAAUUUGAGAUUGUUUUCCUCUACUUUUUCAUUUGUCUUUGGAUGUUUGAAUUGGGAAAACCCUUGCAACAGCCCAUUUCUGGAAGUUCCUGGAGAUCCCAUUUCUGGGGUUUACAGCGUACCGAUGAAUCCUGGUUUGGGAAGGUACAGCUCCAGCCAGCAUUGUUUCUCCGGGGCUAGCUUUCUUCAAUAUACUCAGAUUCCGUGCUGAAUUGCAUAACAUGGUGGGAAGGCAUCACAUGCUUCCCACCCUCCCUGUCUUCAGAGCCUAGUUUGAAAGGGAGCUGCCAAGGGAUCAGGUCCCCAAAGGUGGAGAUUCAAGUGCUCCAGAAGGUUGAGCUUUCAUUGAAAGAGGUGUACUCAGUCAUGCAUGAACCUCAAGACGGGAGGCAAUAGCUGGAGGUUUUCUGACUCUGUUAACUCCUACUAGGAUCAGAUUUGCUACAAAGCAGAAAUGCUCAGCCUGACUUCCUCUAAUGAGCCUCCUCUGCCCUCUGCCACUCUAGAUAACUCCUUUGCCCUGAGCCAGUACCAGUAUUUCAGGCGUGUCCAUAUUAGACACAGAUUGAACUCCAGUGCCUCGGUGGUCAUGAUCUUGGAGGUAGCAGCAUGUAGGAACAUUUCUCUGAGUACUUGGAGACCUGAGGAAGCAGCCCUGGGAGGGACUGCGCUUUGACAGAGGUCUGCUGGUAUUGAGGUGGUCCAUGGUGGGCACAGGGAGCCAUAGAGGAGAGCCUUUGCUCCCCUGGAGCUCCUUGUAACAUAUAACCGCGGUUUUCUGCUUUCCUUGAGGGCUGGGCCAAAUUUUAUAGUGUCUCUCACCGCAGGGUUGCCCUCCAGUGGAAGCAUCUCUUGAGGGGUUGGUUCACCCUGCUGUGUGUCAAGCUACUUCAUGUAGGAGUGGCUGGUGAGGGAAUGUGCAAGGCCUCAGUGCCCCUUGGUGUCUUAACAAGGAGAAAGGGUGGAAAGGUGUCAUGCGAAGAGCUUCCAGGUACCUGGCCUGGCUAUUACUAGAACAUAGAACUGCUACAGGCAGAGCAUCUCUGCCUUAGCUGGGACCAGCUGCAGAAUACCACAGUGGUGUGACUGUAGGUACUUCUUUCCUUUCUGUCUCUGUGACAUGGCACAGAUUGCAAUCAUUUCGGGCUUUCCCUGCAUUGGCAUGCCUCCAAAAGCUCAUCUCUGCCCUGGCUACCACUCAGCACUUCAUUCUGGCAGGCAUUUUCUGGUGCUUGGAAGGAAAGAAGAAAGUGAAAGCCAUGAAUGAGCCUGGUAUGGCCCAGCAAGAGACAGAUACACCUGUCAGGGAAAGACGGGAGUGGAGGGAAGAUAUAGGGGUCCAAUUUGGCUCACAAACAUGGGGGUCAAAUGAAUAGCUAGCAGGAACCUUUCAUAGGUUCCACAAGGAACUCUGGCUUAUAUUUGGGGAUUUGGGGAUUUGGGGAUUGGCAGGCAUCUGAAUCAGCCUCACACUUUCCCUCUCCCUCUCCCUCUCCCACCUUAUCCAAGCCCACAAGGUGACAGGUAAUCUGGCCACAUUCAUACAUGGCAGCCUCUCUUGAGGGUGGUCCUCAUAUCUGUCCAACCUCCAGCCUGCCGCUGGCCCUAGUACUGGACCAAGGAAAAAGCUGCAGUUUGCACACCCAAGGACCAGUGGGCCCUGGCUUCCCAAUUUCUCCUGAAGGCUUUCCUGUUAGUUGAAGAGACCACCCUGGCCAAAUUUCCAUCUGACAUCUGCCAGUUUAUGGGAGCUCUAUGCAUUUGUGAGAGAGUCCCUGGAGUGGCCAGUUUCCUUUCAGAAAGCUCCAGGAAGGAAAAGAAGCACUCCUUCAAGCCCCAGUUAGCUAUGAUCAAGGGUCUAAGCCAAUGAGAACAGUCUGUUGAGCUGGCGUAUUUGUAGCAUCCACUCUCAAUAGCACAGUGCAAAGGUCCUCCUAACUCUCAGUAUUUGGUUUUGUAUACCAAAGAAGAUCAGGCACAACUUCCUCUCAGAGGCACGGUGACAUAUUCCUCUGUCAGCCUGUGAGGGGACGACGGGGUUCCAAAGUCUCAAAUUCCAUCUCCCUAAGUUGAUAUGCUCUCUUUCUCCAUGCAUCUCUUAGUAUUCAGAGAAGCUAUUUGCAGGGUCAUUGGGCUCAGCGGGCAGUUGGCACACUGUACUAUACAGUACCUCAGCCCGGCUGUCAGAUCAUCCUUUUUGCUAUAGCCUCCAUCAGCAUUUUCAUAUGUGUGAUCAUUGAUGAAUCAGUGUUUCCGGACGUGGGCACAGCUUCCCACAAAUAACAUGUUGUCAGCAGGUCUCCAAGAUCUGCAGUUGGGGCCAGGCCAUGCCCUGGACAUGAGCAGGGUGUUCAGGGGUGAGCAGAAGGGCCUUUCUCCCUUCCUCUAUCACAAAGACUUCCUGGAUUUGGGGACAUUGGCCCAGAAUCAUUUGUUCUUUUCAGAAGAAGAGUUUCCUAAUGGUUUCUUCUGAAGGAGAGAUGGUAGAGGAGAAACAAGGACCAUUUGUGACACUAAGACAAGACACUGGGGUUGGUUUUAGUUUACCAGGAGCAGGUACAUGUGAGGGAUAUCUACAGGCUGUUUGGGCUCCUUUGUUAGGCCCAGAUUAGGCAGGGGCCUUCUGUGCUGCCACUGCCUUCUGUGCCCUGGAGGACCCCCAAAAGGCUGCUGGACUCUCAGUGCAGCUUUGCCCUGGGAGCAGAGUGGCCACACACCCUUGAAUUUCCUAGAUGGGCUGUCAGCAAGCGGGAGUAAUCCUUCCUCAUGUGUAAAUACAGGGAGCUGAUAUGUGCUCAGAAAAACCCAGUUGCUUGCUGUUGUCCUUAUCUGUGGCAUUUUUGCAUAUUGGUUUGCUGCUUGGCACUAAGCAGAUAACAACUCCAGAAAAACAAGUCUCUUCAAGCAAAGGUGUUUUGGAAAUUCUUGCUUUUUUUUUCUGAUGUCAAUGUUGUGUUCUAUUUUAAAUCCUUCUUUUAUAUUGAUGUUAUUAUAGUGAAGAGAAAGCGAUAGGCUGAUGUGUAAUUAUUUCUACCAGGACAUUGGCAAAUGCCGCUGCCUCUCUUAUCUGCCCCCAUCCCUCUUUAUUUCCAAGCUAGGAUUGCUAUGCACUGGGCUGACCCCUUGCUUCCCCUUCUCCCUGCCCCACACAGUGGCUCCCUUCAGAACCAGUCUUUCUAAUGCCUCUAAUCGGCAGGGUGAACCGCUUUGUCAGGCUGGUUCUUGGGUGCUCUGUGCAUCCUCCUACAGUUUUGCUCACCUCUUGGGGUGUUUUGUAAUUUGUUUUCUCUGUUUUGUAAAACCUUUGAUUGUACUGAAAUGAUUUCUGCAGUCACCUUCGGAAAUAAAUGGUCCUUAAUUUGUGUACUCGGCGUUCUGAAUCUUAGUCUCAGGUGUUUCUGUUGUUGAAGAUCCCGGGAUGAAUAGGAACCUCACCGUGGGAUUUAUUGUUACAAUGUUUUCUUCAUUUUUUGUUAUUAAAAGAUUUAUGAGAACCCAAGAGUCUGGGCUUCCCAGAACCCUCUCAGAAGGCUCUCUACUUUGAAAAAUAGACAAAAGGGGUUGUUUUGUUAGCCUUGCAUGUACUCACUGGAGGACCCCCAAUGGGCACUAGGCUCUCAGUACAGCUUUGCCUUGGGAGCAUUGUGUUUGCACAGCCUUGAGUUCCCACACACUGCCUACUUCUGCCAAGGUUAACUCUGACCCAGCAUUUCCUCUUUGUGGGCUUUGUCUACUAGGGACAUUUUCUGGGCUCUCUGGGCCCUACUGUGCAAGGGAGCAGGCUGGAUGACUUGUCUAGAAAGGAGCUUUGUGAACAAACACUUCACAUACAAGCUUGCUCUACCCAAGUGUCCUUUGUGCCCAGCAGGGGUCAGACUGUUCUCUGGGGAGGAGUGAGCAAGAUAAACCUGCCCUUCGUGAAUGAGGCAUGCUUCUCCAAGGCGACCCUCUGGUACUACUGCCUUCAUACCACACAGAUGUCCUGCUCCAUCUUUGCCAGUGCUGUUGCUUCUGGAAGGCACACAGCCAGAGCUGCAGGUAGUACAGGCAGAUCACCACAUUUGCCAGGAUUUAGGCACCCAAGAUUUGAGUGAGGCAGUGCCCCGCAAUCCUUGACUAGAAAACUACCAGCUUGGGAAAUUCCUUUAUUUUCUUGUUGCCCGCCUUCUCCAUCUGCAAAGCAAUAGCAGCAACUGUGUGCCAGGCAUAGUGCUAAGUCCCUGUCUACAGGUUACCUCUGAUGGUCACUGACCCUAGAGCUUCCUCAGUGGGACACUGAGGUCUUGGGCCCUGCAAACAUCUUCAGCCUCAUUGCCUCCCUCUCAUACUCUCAAAAGAACCAUGCAUAGAUCCCCUUUGCUCCAGCCGUAUUGCACCGCACUGUCACACCAUGCCAUUUCUUUUUCCCUUGCUUUGCACUGUCUACCCCUUUAUCUUAUGGGCUCAGCUCCAGCGUUAGCCCCUUUGUACAGUCCUACCUGCCUCCCAAGAAUGCACUGGGUGCCUCUCCACUCUGUUCCUACAGCAUCUAGUGCUUAUUCCAGGGACC